UUGAAAUCUCCGACAACUCAUGGAUGCAUACAGACGCGGAGAACAAAGUUCCCUUUGCUUCACCUUCUCAGGCACACCCAUCUCUGUCUCUCUCUUGUUCUCUCCGCUAAAACUCUAGAUUUCAUCGCUCAAACCUUCUCAAAACCAGUUUCACAAACAUCAUCUCAUCCCUUUCAUCUCUCUCUGCGUUCUCACACCAGAUGAACCCUAAUGGAACCAAGGCUGUUCGAACCCAGCCACCUAUUCCUCGAGCACACUCCGAACCCACCAUCUCAAAAAACACCCCCACCAGGCUCAGGAGGGUCAGGGUUUCGAACCGACCACCAAAACUCACCGAAGCAGGCCUGAAAGAGCUCAACCGAAAGAACGACCCAAGCCCUUACUACCAUGGUCUAACUGACUCAGGUCUCGAUAUCAGUCGCCUCAGACAGGCGGGCUCGAGCCCGAGUCGAGCCAGCCAUGGAAGUUCCUCCACAUCUAGCUCGUUCUCGACUGUUUUCCUUAAGUUACAGGAACUGGGUUCUUCUUGCUUUACGGCAAAGGCUAAGGGGAGAAAGGGGAGAAAGUUGGGGGCUAACGAAGAGAAGCCAUUGAGGGAGAAAGAUUUUAAGGCGGUUCAUAAUGUGAAGGAGAGAGAAAGUGUUACAGUGGAGAAGGUGCAGAUGAUAGGGAAAAUAGUGGUGAAAGGUGGGGUUUUGGGAGAGGAGGAGCCAUUGAGGGAGAGUGAUUUGACGGAGGUUCAUGAUGUGAAGGAGAGAGAAAGUGUUAUGGUGGAGAAGGCGCAGAUAAUAGAGAAAAUAGUGGAGAAAGGUAAGGUUUUGGGAGAGGAGGCAGAGGAGAGGCAAAAGGAGAAGAGGUUUGUUUGGGCUGAUAUCUAUCGCCCAAAGGCCUUGAAGGACUUCAUAUGCAACAAGAUGCAGGCUCAGUUUCUGCAACAAGUGACAAAUCAACAACUCUGCUCCCACUUUAUAUUUGAGGGUCCUCCAGGGGUCGGCAAGAAAACCAUGAUCAGGGCUUUACUACGCGAUGCCUUGGGACCUGAAAAGAUAAAGACAAGGGUCGAGCAAAGAGAAUUCGAAUUGAAGGGAGCGUCCUUAAACAACAUCAAGGUAAAGGUACUUGCAUCGCCUCAACAUGUUGAGUUGAAGCUCUCAGACAUGCACGGUUAUGAAAAGCAUGUUAUCGUUGCUCUUAUAAAGGAAACACGUAACAUGACACAGAAUCAAUCCAUGAAUUGGGACCAAACACAAUGUAAAGUAAUUGUCCUUCAUGAGGCAGACAUGCUCUCUACUGAUGCACAACAUUAUAUUCGUUGGCUUAUGGACCACUAUAAAGGAGGCAAUAAAAUUUUCUUUUGUUGCAAUGAUUCCACGAACCUUCAUCCUAUAAGUUCUGUCGGCACAACUAUUAAGCUUGAACCACCAACAAAUGAUGAGAUAGUCCAAGUUUUGGAGUAUAUUGCCAAGCAAGAGGGAAUAGAGUUACCUCACCAAUUGGCAAAAAGGAUUGCUGAGUGUUCAAAGCAGAAUCUACGCCAAGCAAUAAGGUCCUUUGAAGCCAGUUGGAGAGCUCAAUCCCCAACUCCUUUCAAAGAAGACCAUGUUAUUCUUACUGGGUGGGAAGAUGAUAUAAUGAGCAUAGCAAGACAUAUAAUUGAGGAGCAAAGUCCAAAACAACUAUAUUUAAUACGCGGAAAGCUCCAAACCCUCAUACACCAUAAUGUCUCAUUGGAGUAUAUAUUCAGUAUCUUAGUGGGGGAGCUGAAGCAAAAUUUGGGCAAGAAGUUCCACCCCAAGGUGGAUAGCUUAUACCACGAAUACAAUCGGGAUAACAUCUAUCAACUGGAGGGAGGAAGAAGCCUAGUCCAACAGUGCAACCUUGUUGAAGAACUAAGCAAAAGGAAUGAUGACCCCACAAGAAAAACUACAAGGAAUUUCGUCAAAAUCGAAGAAUUCGUGGCAAGGCUUAUGAGCUUGUUGAAUAAGGCAUACACCACACAAAAUCUAGAAGGCAUUCAAACUUCAGUGCAGAGAGGUACUUAAUAUGGAUUAUGACUCCUUCAGUGCAGAGAGGUAGUUAAUAUGGAUUAUGACUCCAUAUA